AUGUUUGAAGUUGCUGGACCGACUAAUGCACGUAUCGCCGGGCUCUACGAUUUGGAGCAGACGAUUGGCCAGGGACAUUUUGCCAUCGUCAAACGGGCCAAGCAUGUCUUCACACAGGAGCAGGUGGCGGUGAAAAUCAUCGACAAGGACAAUCUGGACAUUGAAUCGCGCGAGCACAUGAUGCAAGAGGUUCGCUGUAUGAAACUGGUGCAACAUCCGAACAUUGUCCGUCUCUACGAGGUGAUUGACACGCAGACAAAGCUCUUUCUCAUCCUCGAGCUCGGCGACUACGAUAUGCACGAUUUCAUCUUGAACUACUGCCACAAAUUGCACGUCGUACAUCGAGAUCUCAAGCCGGAAAACGUGGUGUUCUUCGAGCAAUUGGGCAUGGUGAAGCUGACAGAUUUCGGCCUCUCGAACAACUAUGAGCUGGGCACCCAAUUGAAGACGUCAU